GAAUCUGUUCACUAGGUCUUACUAUCCUACUCAGAGUUGGAAUGUGUGAGAUCUGUGUGUAGCCUGCCUGAGCUUGAGAUUGUAGGGAACCGAGUAGGCACAUGGUUGCUCAUUUGUAAGUGUGAUCCCACUUGAGAAAGAGACAGUGAUAAAGAGAGAGGGAGAGGACAACGAGGGAAAGGUGCCAGAGUCAGUAUAAGAGAGACAGAAAGAAAAAGAAAAGAGGCAGGGAGAGAGUACAAAGCAUUUCCACCUGUUGUACAAUGGAAGAUUGUGCAGUGUCUUUCUGGAUUUACAUCGGCGUAAUGUCCAUCCUUGUUGGUGGAGCGGUGAAGAAGUUUCUGGCAUUCCAUAUCGUUGCCAUGCCCUCAGUGGUGGCAUGGCUGGGUGCCACUCUGCUGGUGGAAAGACUGUGUGCCCUCUGCAUGCCCGCUGUGCUUGCAAGAUUGGUCCUCUGUGUUUCCUGCUGGCUGUACUUUACGUGGGCCACCCCCAAACCCUUCCUGCCAGUUGAAGGCAAGGCUGUCUUCAUCACAGGUUGUGAUUCAGGGUUUGGUAAUGCUACAGCAAAGCGGUUAGAUGCCAUGGGGUUUGAAGUGUUCGCAACUGUAUUGAACCUGGAUGGAGAGGGAGCCAAGCACUUGCGCAGAGUCUGUUCAUCACGCCUUACCCUCCUGCAGGUAGACAUCACCCAGCCUCAGCAGGUACAGCAAGCCCUGCUCGACACCAAGGCUAAACUUGGCAUGAGAGGUUUGUGGGGGCUUGUUAAUAAUGCUGGAUUGUGUGUGAAUGUUGGGGAUGCUGAGCUCUCCCUGAUGUCCAACUACAGAGGAUGCAUGGAGGUCAACUUCUUUGGAACACUCACUGUCACCAGAACCUUCCUGCCACUUCUCAGACAGGCUAAAGGCAGGAUUGUGACAAUCUCCAGCCCUUCGGGUGAGCAUCCCUUCCCUUGUUUGGCAUCGUACGGGGCUUCAAAAGCUGCUCUGAAUCUUUUUAUCAGCACACUUCGUCAUGAGCUGGAGCCAUGGGGUGUCAAAGUCUCCACCAUCUUACCCUCUGCCUUUAAGACAGGGCAGAGCAGUAACACAGAGUACUGGGAAAAACAGUACAAGAACCUGAUCCAGAACCUGCCCCCAAGCCUUCUAGAAGAAUAUGGGGAUGAAUACCUGCUGGAGACCAAGGAACUCUUCCAGAGUUACGCAAAAACAGCCAAUGAGGAUCUGAGCCCUGUCAUCAACACCAUUGUGGACGCACUCCUCUCUCCUCGACCCCAGGUGCGAUACUACGCCGGGCCGGGUUUAAUGCUCUUGUACUUCAUCUGCAGCUACUUCCCUUUUAGCAUCAGUGACAGGUUCCUCCAGAAACUCUUUGUACAGAAGAAAGUGAUGCCUCGUGCCCUUAGGAAACAACAAGGCCUGAGCCUCAACGUCAAUAACAACAGCAUAAAGGAGAACAUGAACAACAACAACAACAACAACAGCCUCACAAAGAUUAACGAUUAGUUAUGGUAAAGAGUGUAAGAACAUCCUUUAGCACAACUAAUGUGAUCUACUUCUAGAGAUUUGUUUCCAUUGUGUAUACUUUACUUUUCUCGUCUUCAUUUUGUUGUACAUAUUGUGAAAUAUUUUGAGGGGAUCACUGAAUUGCACCAAAUCAUCUGUGGUAAACCCAGUUCUUAAAAGGCAGUUGACACUCUUGAACAUCAUGAAGAUAAUGAUAAAAAAAGAGGUCAUGCCCACAGGCCAUAUUUAUAGUGAAUACAAGUUCUCAGGUGAGGCAAAAUCCAAACAGAUAACAUACGGUUUAUGUAUUCUGCAGAAGGCAUCAAUUCUAGGCGUUCACCAUGGAGACACCUCAAUUGAGUUUGAUGUGAAAUUUGAAAUUGAUCAUUAACAGCCAAACAUCUGAGACUCUCUUUUCAUACUGCACUGAGGUGCUGAUGAUAAUGUUACUAUGAUCAAACCAGAGUCAAACUGGUCAGAGUGCAACUUCAAGUAAAUUUUUAUUUUUUUUUUAAGUGACCAAUGGGCUGAAGUGGUUCCUAAAGUCAGAAGUCCUUUUUAAAAUGUAUUUUACUCCAUAGUUUUGCAUUUGUUAUGUUUAUUUUUUUCCAUGUCACAUUUUGUGGUGUAUUUAUGCCAUUUUGUUCUAAAAUAAAUCACUUAAACUGUGAAUUUUAUACAAAUAUGGAAAAAAGAACAAAAAAAGUUUUAAAUUGUUCACUUGAUCAUUCUUAGAGUAUAUUAAAGUUGAUUUUUUAAAUAAUCGAUCUGUGUGUUUUUGUAUUUCCUGUCAGAGAACAUGAACAAUGGCUUCCUUUAGCUGGUCAAAGAUCUUUGUCAAUGCUAAAUGACCUUCUCUAAUCACUGUACUGAAACCCAGCCACCCACUACUGCUGUGUUAAUUAGCAAUUGUAUGUAGCUAUGCUAAUUGCAAAUUUCAGUUUGUGUUAUGAAGCCAGAGUCUUACAAGCCAGAUAUAACAGAGCAAGAAAAAUGUUGAUCUU